GCAUCAGUCAACAGCAAAUUCCAAAAAAGGAGCACUGAAGCAAAACCCUCCUCUACAUCUCAAAAAUGCGCCCACUCGACGAAGCCGAAACGACCGCCGUUUUUGAAAAGCUCUUCAAGUUUACCGGCAACAACCUUAAGAACAUUGUCGAGAAUCCCUCUCACGAGGGACCCGAUCCAAACCCGGGUCGCUACUGUUUCCGGCUCCACAAGAACCGGGUCUACUACGUGAGCGAAUCGCUCGUUAAACGCGCCACGAACAUCGCAAGGCCCAACCUGGUCUCUCUCGGCACGUGCAUUGGAAAGUUCACGCAUAGCGGGAAGUUUCAUCUUACCAUACAGGCUUUGAAUUUGGUUGCGGCAAAUGCCAGGCACAAAGUAUGGAUAAAACCCACAUCCGAGAUGUCAUUUUUAUACGGAAACCACGUGUUGAAAGGCGGAUUAGGGAGGAUAACAGACAGUAUCGCCCCUGGUGAUGGGGUGGUGGUGUUUUCGAUGUCUGACGUGGCGCUAGGGUUUGGUGUGGCGGCGAAGAGUACUCAAGAUUGUCGGAAACUGGACCCCAAUGGGAUUGUGGUGCUGCACCAGGCUGAUAUUGGAGAGUAUUUGAGGAUAGAGGACGAACUUUGAAGAUAAUUUAGGGCGUUCUGAGAGGAUUUUUUUAUAGGUUUUGUUUUGUUGUUGAUCCUGUAACUUCAUGUGUAUCUAUCACUGCAGAAUGGAUUCGGAUGAAAAUGUGCAGCAGUUUAUAUGACUGUGCCUUUAAGCCACAAGGUGAUGUGUCUGGAGAACAGCAAUCACAAUGCCUGGAACUGCAUAAUCACCCACAUCAUAAAUGUAAUAUUAGCUAUUAGGAAGAAGAGGCCAAAAGAAAAUGUCGAGAGCAUACGCUGUCCUGCUCUGCUGUUUCCAUUGAUUGACAUGCAUCUUCCUAUUCGGUCAUUAUAAUUACCAAGUUUUA